CGGCCGGACGUGCGCCCUCUAGCGCCUUGACCCAUCCCAGCCGCCCCUUCUUGCCCAGAGGAACUCUGCACACCGACCCAUCUCCACCACCGCACCCGCACCCUCAUUCUCACCUCCCGCCGCCCAUUCUUCAACGCUCGCAGCCCCCUGCCCCCGGCUUCUUGCACGCUGCAGCGCCAUUCUUCGCUCGCCCUCGGACGCGGACACCGCACCUCGCUUCGGACUGGCCUGUCCGCAUAGCCCCCAAGCGACCUCCGGAGACGGCUGCGGCCUCCUCCACGACUCCUCCAGUCCUGCCCUCGAGCUCUGCCGUCUCCCAGCAGCAUUGAAGACACGCCACCAUGGCCACCGGCAGCACAUCGUCGAACGUCGUCGGCGUUCAUUAUCGCGUCGGCAAGAAGAUUGGCGAGGGCUCGUUCGGCGUCAUCUUCGAGGGCACAAACCUGCUCAACCAGCAGCAGGUCGCCAUCAAGUUCGAGCCGCGCAAGAGCGACGCUCCGCAAUUGCGCGAUGAAUAUCGCACGUACAAGAUCCUCGUGGGCUGCCCCGGGAUUCCUAAUGUUUAUUACUUUGGCCAGGAGGGUCUCCACAACAUCCUCGUUAUCGACCUGCUAGGCCCCAGCUUGGAGGACUUGUUUGACCACUGCAACCGGAAGUUUUCCAUCAAAACUGUGGUGAUGGUUGCAAAGCAGAUGCUUUCACGGGUUCAGACGAUCCACGAGAAGAACCUGAUCUACCGAGACAUCAAGCCGGAUAACUUCCUGAUUGGCCGCCCUGGCUCUAAGAGCGCCAAUGUGAUUCACGUCGUUGAUUUUGGCAUGGCGAAGCAGUACCGUGAUCCCAAGACGAAGCAGCACAUCCCAUACAGGGAACGCAAGUCGCUGUCCGGAACCGCUAGAUAUAUGAGUAUCAACACGCAUCUGGGGCGCGAGCAGUCACGACGAGAUGACUUGGAAGCUCUUGGCCAUGUCUUCAUGUACUUCCUGCGAGGCGGGCUCCCGUGGCAGGGUCUCAAGGCCGCCACUAAUAAGCAGAAGUACGAGAAGAUCGGGGAGAAGAAGCAGACCACUCCGAUUAAGGAUCUGUGCGAUGGAUUCCCUGAGGAGUUCAACAAGUACCUCAGUUAUGUCAGGAAUCUCGGCUUUGAGGACACGCCUGACUACGACUAUCUCCGCGAGCUAUUCACGCAAGCGCUCAAGAGCACCGGAGAGGUCGAAGACGGAGAGUACGACUGGAUGAAGCUCAACAACGGAAAGGGCUGGGAAGUGUUGAAGGCUCACCCAUCCGCCGUUCAGCAGCUGCACCACAGCAACGUCAACCCCAACUCGUCGACCGCGGUUAAUGUCAACGGUCUACCACACCAGAGACAACAGAAGACACACCUCCCCAUUGACCACCACCGUUUAAACGCGGAUCUCCCAAAGCCAGGAGCGACACGGGGCCCGCCCGGAAGAAGCCCAAGAGACAUGCAGCAAGGGAAAUACGGGCAUCCGGAUGCAGUCAAGAGGAAGAGCAUGGGCGAACUAGCACCGCCAGAGGGAUCCACGCAAGCACAGUUCCAGCACAGCCAGCCGAACCUGACCUCGAACCGCGCAACGCCAGUGCAGAGUCCGAACGUCCAGCAGCAGAGGCGGCAGGAGCCUGAAAGACCCAGCUUCGGCAAGAAGGUCAUGAACAUCCUUUGUUGUGGCGCGGGCAGCUCCUGAUCCCACGUCAGCUGUCCGAUACUUUCCGUUGCAUUCUGGAGUCCGUUCUUCAGCACAGUUCAAUACACUCUCAGCCGCAUCUUCUUUUCCUGUAUAGGUAUUUUGUAAUGAUUGAUAGACGGGAUCGAAAAUCUCCUUUUCCAGGUAGGUUAGGUAAUGGACGACUACGACCACCUCCCACCAGCCAGGAUUUCUUCUCUUCUUUCCAUAUCUCAUUCCUGUUGCGAGUUGUUUGCUAGCGGCUGGCACUGGAGUGGGGGUUUUUAAGCUGGAGUACCGGCGUCGCGGCGAUUUUUGGGUUCGAGUUCAGCUUUUCUUCUCGAUCCUGCUACUGGGGAAAAAAUACAUAUACAGCAUGCGAAGGAGUCUCUUGCGGCGUCUCUCUACAUGUCGAAGAGGUUCUGGUUGAAAGGACGGGUUCGUGGUUCUCCUUGUGAGCUAGAUACUGG